AUGGAAUGGGCAUCCCGUCAUAUCAAGCCUUCCAUUGAAAUUGUGGAAUUACGACAGGACCGUAUGGAUUUUGUCCUGUUGAAUUCAGAUGUAAGCACUGCGAAUGCUAUAAGAAGGAUUAUUCUGUCAGAAAUUCCGGCCUUAGCAAUCGAAAUCGUUACGGUUUUAGAAAAUACAAGUGUUUUACACGAUGAAUAUAUAUCGCAUAGGUUAGGCCUGUUGCCCAUUGAUAGUACGUUGGCAAGUGAAUUUGAAUUUAGAGAAAAAUGCCAAUGCAGUGAUAAAUGUGCAAAAUGUACCGUUGAUUAUACACUAGAUGUAUCUUGUGAUGACGCUGAUUCCAAGGUCGUCACCCAUUUUGAUAUUAUAGCUGAUGAAGCUGAAAUAAAUUCAAACGAUGAAAGAAAGAUACCAAUGCCAAUCCCCAGAGCGGAUAUAUCUAAUUUUAAUGGCGCUACAGAUGGAAUUCCAAUUGUUAAACUGAAAAGAGGUCAAUCGAUCAGCAUGAAGCUGACAGCCACUAAAGGCCUCGGUAAAUUUCAUGCCAAAUGGAUCGUAGCAAAUGUUAAUUAUAAAAUGGAACCGAGAUUUUUGUUUAAUUCAAGUUUGAUGGAACAAAUUUCAUCGGAAGAUAAGGCAUCUAUAGCUUCUAGUUGUCCAAGAAAUGUUUUCAAAUUUUCUGGUUCGAGGAUGGAUCAUACCGGAAUUAGUCUGGGUAAUUCAAAUAGUGCAAUAAAACUAGAUGAAGGUGGACUACAAAUUAUAAACAAAUUGAAUUGUAUAUAUUGUGAUGAAUGUAUCAAUCAUGCCAGGGAAUUAGGGCAUCGUGAUUUAAUACGCAUAGAACCAGAUGACUCAAAGUUUCAUUUCACUAUAGAGUCUACUGGUUCAAUUCCUCCAGAAAAAAUUCUAGAGAUUGCUUUGUCAUGUCUAGAGGAGAAGAUGCAAGGAUUGCAAGCAAACUUCGCUGAGGCUCAGUCGAGAGCUUUGGGUACUACAAGUUCUACUCUACCUAGAGAUACUCAUAAAAUGCCUCAUCCACCAGCGGCAUAUAUAGAUUUGGACUAA